UUUUCUUGAUAUCUAGCACUCCUUGCCCUAAAAAACACAAUUAACCCUUCCGAUGUUUUCCCGAGAAAAAUUUUUUUAAAUGUUUCCUCUUUUGCCCCGAAAAAGAGUCCAGGGUGUGAUCUGUGAUAGUCCGUAGAUAGAGUCCAGGGUAUUAGCAAUGUCGAACCUCUGCAGACCGUUUAAAAGACCCUGCCCGUGUGCUCGGUCUCGAUUCGGUUGGCAAAUGUCCAACAGAGCAACAAUGCCUGAGACUUGGCGUCCUGCGGAGAAUUCAAAUCCCUUUUCAAACAACCUUCGAGGAAUGCCUAUAAAAAAUCACAGGGGUUUCGGAGGGCAAACAUAUGAUUUCCCGAAUAAUGACCAGGAUUAUCCUCGAGAAAAUAAAAAGCAGGAGUACCAGGAAUAUGGAAACUACGGUAGUCAGCAAGCAACUUGGGACUAUUGGGAACCGUACCGAUGCAGUGAUACACAGCCACAUUUACCACCUCAUAGGUGCUAUUGCCAGCAGCCACCACCACCUCCUCAGCAGUGCUAUGAACAGCAACAACGACCACCACCUCGUCAGAUGUGUUGUUGCCAGAACAAUCCACCUCCUUGCCAGGAUAAGAACAUUCCUGAAUGUAGAGUCAAAAAACGGUGCAGAAGGAGGUGCUGCAGACAAAAGAAAUGGGUCUCGUGUGGGAGCUUGUGCGUGGUGACCCACGAAGUAAGCGUCCAAACCGAGGGUAAACCCUGUAAGCCUGCCGAUCUCAUAGGGAUCAUCGAUGUGACUACACACGAAAAGGAGGUGAGACAUAGUUCCGGCGCAGUUGAGAUUACAGUGAAUGAAGUUCAGACGGUCACGCUUGUCCCGGGAGAUGGCAGUAAGGUCUCUAAGAAUGAAGUACAGAGUCACAUCGACUCGUCAAAUUCUGAUAAUCCCCAACGCGUUCAGAGGCAAUUCAAACAGGAAGUCAAUCCCGACACGUUAGAAGUUCCUACCCACCCAGCGUCCUACCCAUCCUACAUACCCAACGUCCCCUCAUCGGGCUCUGCCGCGCCAUCGGAAUUCAAGGAACAAUGCAUCUGCCGCACCAACGAGACAGAUAAUCACGACUACGAGAGAAACAGCGAGAUCCCGAUUUUCCUCGAAGAUUCCAACAAGGUAAAGGAAUCCAAGCCAAAAUCUUUCGACGCCCCAAGUCCACCACUCAAACGGCGAAGAUGUUCAUUCAAGGUCCGCUCGCCUACCAUCGAUGAUGUGUUAUCACCGAAGAAAACAAAAACGCCCAAAAGGCCCAUUUCAAAGAAUACCCCAAAUUAUGACUCUGAAACACAAACCGAAAAAACGAAAGCCUCUAAAUAUAUAAUGCUGGACUCUGAAGAGCGAAUGUUGGACAAAACGGAUUCCUCCAAUACGAUAGAGGACUCUGAUGACAAAUUGGUACGCUUACCAAGGGCCUCCGCCUUCCCAGACAAGAGCACCAUUCACGUGAAAGUAACCAAUAGAAGGGAGAAACAUACGCAAAAGGGCGGUAGGAAAUCGAUGCACCAAGAUGCGGUUUACGAGACCCAUAUUUCCGAAUUGCGGGUUUUGAGCCCAGUGAGUGAGGAAGAAUCCGAGCCGGAGCCCGAGCCUGAGCCCAAGCCCAAGCCAAAGCGUAGGAAAUGUACAAUCAGAAUGGAUAUGAAAAACGGUUAUCCCUCAAACGAUGUGGUUUGCAGAAGGAAGCAAAAAUGUCACGCACCGAUUUGCGGAGUGCCUUGUGGAGUGCCUUGUGGAGCGGGACGUGGAGGGGGAUACGGAGCGGGACGCAGAAGCUGUCGCCUGCCCUGCAUCGAUCCCUGUCCAAGUUAUCUCUGUCCACCUCGCACGCCACCACUGCGUUCUACGCAGUUCGAACCCAUCUGCGGAUUUCCUUGCUAUUCUGACAGGUGAUAGAGGUGCACGCAAAAAUCGUAUAGUUUUAGUAAUAAAUUUAUGUUGAAAAAGAAAA